AGCAGCAUCUCUAUCUCUCCACAACAGGCUGCUAGCAGCAAGGGAAGUCUUAGUCGUCCCUAAUAUCCAUCACUCCCUGUUCCCAACGUGGUCGCAGACAGAGCAACAAAGAGGGAGUCGGAGAUGGGAAACUCUUAUGCUGGACAGCUCAAGACAACAAGAUUCGAAGAAGUACUCCAUAAUUCUAUUGAGGCCUCUCUCCGCUCAAACAAUUUAGUUCCCAGACCGAUCUUUUCUCAGCUGUAUUUGGAAGCUGAGCAACAACUUUCUUCGCUAGAAGCAGGCAGCAGAGCAGAUAAUGAGGAAGAGGAGGAGGAGGAAGAAGAAGAAGGUUCAGAGUCAAGUAGCCCUCCUAUUGCUUAUCAGAUGAAGCCUCCUCCUGAAGGCUGUUGCACUACCGAUGGUUUCUGCCAGGCUGGUAAAGACUUGCGGCUGGUGUCCAUUUCCAAUGAUCAUAUUGAAGUACCUUCAGGGUUUUUACUUGUUGGUGCUAAAUCUCCAAAUCUGCCUGAUCAACUUUUGGUGUGUGCUGUAGAUAAAAGAUUCUUGCCAGAUGACAAUGGGCGUAAUGCCCUGUUAGGUUUCUCUGGCAAUUGUGUUGGCUGUGGCAAGAAGGGCUUCUGCUACUUUACGGAAUUUUCCAAUCACAUCAAUCUUAAACUGACCACUCAACCCAAGAAACAGAAACACUUAAAGUAUUAUCUGGUUAGAAAUGCACAGGGAGUGCUUACCAAAGGGUCUGUAAUCUGCUGGAAAGGGGCAGAAUUUAGAGGCCGACAGUCUUCAUCCAGUACCUGUUCAAGUGCAUUGUUCCAACCUCCAGAAAGUUCAGGCCCAUCUGUAACCAUCACAAGUGACCCGGUUCCAGCCACAAACCCAAAUACUCCAUCUGGGACUCAGCAAACAGCAGGUACAAUGUCAGAUCAUCUCCCAUCAACAGCAGCAUUUGGCCCAACUGUUUACAAUGGCAAAGGUUCUCCCAAACAGCACCUAGUGAAAAAUAACCUGUCAGCUCUGACAAGACCUUCAGUCUUAGGCACAUUAACAAAUUCAGGGCCUCCAAAAAAGCGCCACAAAGGAUGGUCACCAGAAUCACCAUCAUCUACUGAAACUUGGAACUUGCAGCCCAACCCACAAAUUCCAAAUAAAAAUAAAAAUGAUGGAGGAAGCUUGUCAUCUUUGCCACAUUCUGCUUUAAUAGGACCAGCCUCAUCUCCAAUGGUGGCCUCUGGAGAACCAGUUUCAGUUCCUGACAACUUGCUGAAAAUAUGUAAAGCAAAGCCAGUUAUAUUUAAAGGUCAUGGAAACUUCCCUUAUCUUUGUGGGAACCUUAAUGACAUCAUAGUGAGUCCACUUUUGUACACCUGCUACAGAAAUUCUCAGUCUAUAUCUAGAGCUUAUGAACAGUAUGGUGCUUCCACAAUACAGCCGAUCUCAGAGGAGAUGCAGCUGUUACUAACAGUCUACUACCUUGUUCAGCUAGCUUCAGACCAAGUCCCUUUGAUUGAGGAUUUGGAGCAAAUAUUCAUGCGCUCAUGGAGGGAGUCUCAUCUCUCUGAAAUCCGCCAGUAUCAGCAGGCCCUUCCACAGACUUUCCCUCAGGUUCCCAGCCAGAUUGCACCAGUGACAUCUGCCCAGCUCCCCUGGCUAGCAGGGUUAGCUGCCAGUUCUUGCAAUGACAGUGUCCAUAUCAUUGAGUGCAGUUACUCUCUAGCUGAGGGACUUUCAGAAAUGUUUAAGCUGAUCAUUGAAGGAAAGCUAGUGAAGACGAACUACGUGGUGAUCCUAUGCGCUAGCAGAAACAGAGCCAUAGAUUCCUGCAUUGUGGUGACAGGGAAAUACCAGGCAAGAGUUCUGUCUGAAAGCAUGCUCACCCCUGCAGACUACCAGAAGGAAGUUAAUUAUCAACUGGUGACCGGGAAAGUUGAAACUCUGGGAUCUUAUUUUAGCACCCUCUGCCCAGAGGGUGACAUUGAUCUUUUGCUUGACAAAUUUUAUCAAGAAAACCAAGGCCACAUUUCUUCAUCUCUUUAUGCUUCAGUGAAUAAGCCAACAACAGCUCUAGAUGGAACCGGAGCAUCUGUGUGCACAAGUUAUAAUAUUGAACAGCAUCAGAUUCGUCCAUUCCAGCUGGCAGUGGCUCAGAAAUUGUUGUCUCAUGUUUGCUCAAUUGCUGACUCCAGCACUCAAAAUCUUGAUUUGGGCUCUUUUGAAAAAGUUGAUUUCCUGAUUUGCAUUCCACCCUCUGAAGUGACAUACCAGCAGACACUGUUUCAUCUCUGGCAUUCAGGUGUUUUGCUGGAGCUUGGCUUAGAAAAGGAGCACCUCACAAAGCAGAGAGUGGAACAAUAUGUUAUGAAGCUAGAUGCUGAAUCCCAGACUAAAUUUAAAGCCUUUUUGCAAAACUCUAUGCAGAAUCCUCACACACUGUUUGUCCUAAUCCAUGAUCAUGCUCACUGGGAUCUUAUGAGUGCUGUUCAUAGCCUUUAUCCUCAAAUGGAACCAUCUGUGGGACUUGUCGAUAGACUGUUGAACUGCAGAGAGGUGAAAGAGGCUCCAAACAUUGUGACACUUCAUGUGACUUCAUUCCCCUAUGCCCUGCAGACACAGCAUACCCACAUCAGCCCUUACAAUGAAAUCCACUGGCCUUCUUCAUACAGCAAUGGAGUAGAUUUAUACCAUGAAAACAAGAAAUAUUUUGGGUUGUCAGAAUUCAUUGAAUCUACCCUUUCUGGACACAGCAUUCCAUUGCUUAGAUAUGACAGCUCUUUUGAAGCUAUGGUUAUGGCUUUAGGGAAAAGGUUUCCCAGAUUACACAGUGCAGUGAUAAGGACUUUUGUCCUCAUACAGCACUAUUCUGCAGCUAUGAUGGCAGUAAGUGGUCUAUCUCAGAUGAAGAAUUACACUUCAGUUGAAACACUGGAAAUCACCCAAAACCUAAUAAACUCUUCAAGACUCUGCCCCAGUGGCCAUGGCCUCAUGGUGGUGUUAAGAAUUCCCUGUAUUCCACUGGCUGCUGUGGCAUAUGAGCGACUCUAUCAUGUAAGAGAAAGACUAGCUCUUGAAGAUAAUUUUGAAAUAAUCUUGGGAAAUCCUAACUCUGGAAUCACCAUAGGGAAGCACUUUGUGGAGCAACUAAAGAUCUGGCAGAAAAUUGAAGAUGCAGAUUGGAGGCCACAGACUUAUUUGGAAUUAGAAGGUCUUCCAUGUAUAUUAAUAUUUAGUGGAAUGGACCCUCAAGGGGAGUCCCUGCCAAGGUCAUUGAGAUACUGUGACCUACGUUUAAUAAAUUCCUCUUCUCUGGUAAGGACAACCUUGGAACAAGAACUUGGUUUGGCAGCAUACUUUGUUAGCUCUGAAAGCCACAUAGAGAAGGUGGUUGUAAAUGACGUGUUGGAGAGUGACCCAGAAAAACUGAGCAGUACUGAUAACGAAGAUGAGGAAAUAGUGACAGAAGGCUCUACUUCAGAAAAGAGAAGUCCUAUGAAGAGAGAGAGAUCACGCUCCCAUGAUUCUGCAUCUUCAUCUCUCUCUUCAAAAGCUUCGAGUACAGCAUUCUGCAGUGAGUCAUCUCCUUUAUUAACAACAGGGGAUGGAGCAAAGUCACCCCACCAAGUCCUAGGCAGCAGUACUGAAGAAAGUGGCAAUCAAUAUGAAAAGCAAAGGCAGAAAAUAGAUAAGGGAGCACAGGCAGUCAGCAAGAACUUGCCAAUUGCAGCUGAACAACUGGACACAAAGCAGAACAUAAAAAGCACCCAGAUUUCCAUCACCUCAUCAUCCUCAUCACCCUUUUCUUCUUCGUCUUUGUCCUCUGUGCCCACUCACAACUCCUUCAUCCUGCAGACAUUUCAAUGCGUUAUGACUAAAGCAUCAAAGCAGCCCCCCAUAGUUUUACUGCCUAAGUUAGUGUAUGACAUUAUUACCUCUACUGACAGCAGUGGACUUCCCAAGUCAUCUUCCCUCUUACCUUAUCAUUCGGUGAUGUGGGCGAGUUCUUUCCGCCCCCUCAUGAGUAAAAUGAUGACAUGUACAGAGCAGUCUCUCUACUACCGCCAGUGGACAGUACCCAAACCAAUUCAUAUAGACUACAAUAAUAGAAAUGAGGGCAGGAUGGAUAACUUUCACCCAAGGAGGCUGCUGCUGAGUGGGCCACCACAGAUAGGAAAAACGGGUGCCUAUCUUCAGUUCCUCAGUAUCUUGUCCAGAAUGCUGAUCAGACUGACAGAAGUGGAUGUUUAUGAUGAGGAAGAGAUCAAUAUUAACCUCAAAGAAGAAUCAGAUCAAUACUAUCACCAGCCGGGAGAUGUGUGGCCUGAUUUGGAGACAUUUAAGAAGAUACCUUUUGACUACACCAUUCACGAUCCAAAAUAUGAAGAUGCAAGUCUGAUUUGUACAAAGCUGCAGAACUUAAGCAGCGAAGACAGAUCAAUGAGCAGAAAACUGGAGGACACGUAUAUGCAUCGUCAAACAACACGAAUGAGAUUAUCUAAGUAUGCUGUCUACAACACGUACCACCACUGUGAACAGUGCCAUCAAUAUAUGGGCUUCAAUCCUAGGUAUCAGCUUUAUGAGUCCACUCUACAUGCCUUUGCCUUUUCCUAUUCCAUGCUUGGAGAGGAGAUCCAGCUGCAUUUUAUCAUCCCCAAGUCAAAGGAGCACCAUUUUGUCUUUAGUCAGCCAGGAAGGCAGCUAGAAAGCAUGAGGUUGCCGCUUGUCACAGAUAAGAGUGAAGAUUACAUAAAAAGCCCCACGUUUACUCCCACUACUGGGCGUCAUGAACAUGGACUUUUCAAUCUCUACCAUGCAAUGGAUGGUGCCAGUCAUCUGCAUGUUCUAGUUGUCAAGGAGUAUGAGAUGGCCAUAUAUAAAAAAUACUGGCCAAACCACAUCAUGCUAGUUCUGCCAAGCAUUUUCAACAGUGCUGGUGUAGGUGCUGCACACUUCCUAAUAAAAGAACUGUCUUACCAUAAUCUGGAACUAGAGCGAAAUCGGCAAGAGGAACUAGGGAUUAAACCCCAGGACAUCUGGCCUUUCAUUAUCAUUUCAGAUGAUUCCUGUGUUAUGUGGAAUGCUGUUGAAGUUGAUUGUUCAGGAGACAGAAAGAGUGAAUAUACAUGGACUGAAAGGAAUGUUUCCUUGAAGCAAAUUCUGCAACAUAUUGAAUCAACUCCUAAUGUCACUCACUACGCCUUAAUUGGGAUGCGGAAAUGGUCCAGUAAAACCAACAGUGCUGAGAUCAAAGAGCCAUUCUCCUGUUGCCAUGUACAUGACUUCAUCAUGCUGAACGUGGAUCUGACACAGAAUGUACAGUAUAACCAGAAUAGAUUCACAUGUGAUGAUGUUGACUUCAACCUGCGUGUCCACAGUGCUGGUCUUCUGAUAUGUCGGUUCAAUCACUUCAGCAUCAUGAAGAAGCAAAUUGCCGUAGGAGGACAGAGGUCCUUCCAUAUUAAGUCUAAGGUAUCUGAUACUCCUGUUUCAAUCUCACCUGCUCAGUACAUUUGUGCUCCUGACAGCAAGCAUACCUUCUUGGCAGCACCUGCCCAGCUGCUGCUUGAAAAAUACCUCCAGUAUCACAGCCAUCGCUUCUUCCCUCUCUCACUGAAGAAUUAUAGCCAUCCAGUGCUAUCUGUGGACUGUUACCUUAACUUAGGACCACAGAUUGCAGUUUGCUAUGUGAGUUCCCGACCUCACUCUCUGAACAUCAGUUCCUCUGGGUUGAUAUUCAGUGGCCUCCUGCUCUACCUCUGUGACUCCUUUGUUGUAGCUAGCUUUCUGAAAAAGUUUCAUUUCCUGAAAGGUGCCACCUUGUGUGUAAUUUGCCAAGACCGCAACUCCCUUCGCCAGACUGUUGUCCGAUUAGAGCUUGAAGAUGAGUGGCAGUUCCGACUACGGGAUGAAUUCCAAACUGCCAAUGCCAAAGAGGACAGGCCGCUUUUCUUUCUGACCGGACGGCAUAUUUGAUAGAAAAUGAACACACAUCAUGAUUAUCUGACAAGAGGUGUAAUGCAAGAGUUGAGGUUCUCAUCUGCCAGUCUCAUGACCUUUUAGAAGCUCAGUGCUCUGGAACAUUCAUGCAAAUGUUGCCUGCAACCCAAACACUUGGGCAAUUUUAAAAUGUUUUUAUUAAAAUGAUAUUUGACCAACAUGUGUUUCUAUAUUUCCAAGCACUGGACAUGACUCUUUAAAGGUGAUUGGCCAAUGGAAGUGAUUUCCUGAUACUUAGAAAGAAAUGUUGAGUCAGUGCUUCACAUAAUGGAAAUAUUUAUGGAUCAGAAGAAAGGAUGAUGAACACAUUUAUUCUGUCAGAACAGACAGUGUGUCACAUGUUUCAUAUCUGAGAUUUUUAAAAACAAUUUUCUACAUUGCAGAAAUACAGUGUGUACAUUUAGAAGUAGAUUUGUGAUUCAAGACUUAUUUAUCUAGGAGUCAGCACAAGACAUCAAACCAAAUAUUGGAUUUACAGGAAGUUUUGCAUUCAUAUAAAACACUACUGACUGGUGCAGGAAGGCUUUUCAUAUGGAGAGAUGUGAAAUAUAUUUCCUAUGUAACAGAACUGGGUAUCUACUUUACCUAUGGAGUGAGUACGACACUGGUAAUUUCCCACGUAGGAAUCUUGGGAUGGAGAUGCACUUAUAUUGCCUGGUUUUUUGGUUGUUUAAGAAUGAGACAUUUGAAAGCAGAUUUAACAAGGAAGGAGUAUUGAACAUUUAUUUCAGAAAAAUGCACUGUCUUGGAAAAGUGCAGGUGACUGAAAAGAUCUGAGGGCAAUAUUGACCUAUUAGGCCUGAAUAAACUUGUGUUUUGAGUUACUGGUGAACUUGUUGGGUUGGCUUAAGGCUUCAGAUUGGGCCACCAUACGGCCCACAUAAGAGAUGAAGUACUCCAACAAAAAUAACCUUUCAGGACGAUAUCUUGCUGAAGUGCUUCAAAGGAGUUGGGAAGUCAGGGUUGAAUCUCUGAAGAGUAUUCACAGUAAUCUAAAAGGUUGAUUUGAAAAUAUCAUGCAGUAAAAUACUUUGAUCAUUGUGUGGAUCAAAUGGAGAGUGCUUGAUCGGAACAUCUGUUUAGAUCAUAGAAAUAUUCCCUGAAGUUGCAAUCCCAUUCCUUCAUGUCUGUCCUCAUGGAAUCAGUGACUCUGAUCGUUGGCCUGGGCUGCAGAAAAAGGUGACAUAGACAUUACUAGAAAGCCUCUUAUAAGGAGGCAACCCUUGUUGGUUGGUGACACCAACUCAAGAACCAGAAUGGGCUGGUGAAGCAGCAUUAAGUUGCUAUAAGUGUCUGGAAACGAGUUAUUGCAAGACCAACUUUGUAACCAAGGCACAAAGGAUAAGGCUGUGCCAAAGAGCUGCCUUAGAACUUAUUUGCAGGGAAAAAAUAAAUUCAGUGAAUGCAAGAGAUUUAGGUUGAUGUUUACAACAUUGUUCUGUUCGAAGGUGGUACGUUUGUAUAUUUCGUCGUUCCUAUUCUGAAGUGAGAACUUUCUUUAAGUUUAGGGAGGUGGGAAGUUCUGUGUAAAUAGUAUCUCCUGUGCAGUUUUAUUCAUUUGAUUAGCUAAUUUAAAACUUUUAUAAGGAUUGUAAUAUUCAUGUUUGACCUGCCCUUUAUAAAUAUAUAAUGCAUGGACAGC